GGUUAUUUUGCCCUCUAUCAGAUGCUUAUGGACACGAACUUGCUAAAGGUAGAGAGCCUCCUGGUCGUGGACAACGUCAUGUACAAGGGUGAGGAGUUGUCUGGGAAGGAUCUCAGCUUGAAUGGCUUGGGCGCUCAAGCAUUGAACCAGGGCCUUUUGGAUGACCACCGCGUGCAUCAGGUGAUGCUUCCUCUCAGAGAUGGAGUGACCCUUGUGUACCGGCAAUGCUGAGGCAACUGAACGCCCAAUGUACAGUGUCAUCCCUAACCUUCUGUUUGUGUAGGAUGCAGUCGCCUAAAACGUUAUUUGUAUACCACACUCCAACGCCUUGUUCCCCACAUUGACGUGUGGGGUUUUUAUUUUUAGUUCUGUAUCCGCC